UCCCCCUAAAGCCUGCUAGUUUUCUGCGGUAGCCGGCGGUAAGGAGGGGGAAGUCAUGGACUGUGUGUGUUGACUCUUAUGUAUACCCAUUUUUAACACCCCCUUCAGCUGCCAUACGAGUCUUCAUAUAUCGAAAUGGCGUCAAUAUUGCCCAGAGAACUCACACGGGCGCUGGUGAGGACGAGAGGACUGUGUAGUGCGAGUAUUGGAGGAUGCUACGAGGACAGGACAGUGCAGCGCCUGCUGGAGGGACUGCGGGCUGGGCAGAGGGCCAGCUUGGCUGAGGCCAUCACACUUGUGGAAACCUCACACCCAAAAAAGAAGCAGCAGGCGGGGCAGCUGCUGGCGGCAGUGCUGCGGGAUGCCAGGGAGCAGUAUGCAGCGAAGGGCAUGCCAGCCCUCAGCUUCAGGAUAGGGCUGUCUGGACCACCUGGAGCAGGAAAGUCUACCUUCAUUGAGAGCUUUGGCAAGUUUCUGACGGCGCAGGGCCACCGUGUGGCUGUCCUGGCCGUGGACCCAUCCUCGGCCACCACAGGUGGCUCACUGCUGGGGGACAAGACCAGGAUGCCAGAGCUCUCUAAGGACCCCAAUGCCUACAUCCGGCCAUCGCCGUCCCGGGGCCACCUGGGCGGGGUGACACGCUCCACCAAUGAGGCCGUGGUACUGUGUGAGGCUGCCGGCCAUGACGUGGUUGUAGUGGAGACUGUGGGUGUCGGGCAGAGUGAGUUCUCUGUGGUAGACAUGGUGGACAUGUUUGCCCUGCUGAUCCCCCCCGGUGGUGGCGACGAGCUACAGGGCCUGAAGCGUGGCAUUAUGGAGAUGAGCGACCUGGUGGUGGUGAACAAGAGUGAUGGGGACCUGGUGGCUGCCGCCCGCCGGAUGCAGUAUGAGUACAUCUCAGCCCUGAAGUUCAUCCGGCCCAAGAGUGCCUCCUGGAAGACACCGGUGAAGCGCAUCUCCUCCCUAACGCAGGAUGGCAUCCCAGAGCUGUGGCAGGUGAUGCUGGAGUUCCGGCACUCCAUGGAGUGCAGCGGGGAGUUUGUGGGGCGCAGGAGGACCCAGCGGCGGGCCUGGCUGUGGACGCACCUCAAGGACAACCUUGUAGCUGCCUUCAGGGACACACCGGGCAUGAUGCAGAGGAUACGAGAGGCAGAGGGACGGGCCAUGGAGGGGGUGGUGUCCCCAGGGGAUGCUGCAGACCAGCUGCUGCUCUUACAUAUUGCACAGCUUCAGAACGCUGUUAAGCCAUCACAGACGUAGCUCAAAAAAUGUUAGAAUAACAAAAAAACCUUAUGAUAAUGUGAAAUUUGAUCCAGUAUCUUUCUUCUCCUGAGAUUAUAUCACAGUGUUCAAUCUGAAGUGUAUGUUUAUUGUGUGUGUGUGUGUGUGUGUGUGUGUGUGUGUGUGUGUGUGUGUGUGUGUGUGUGUACUGAUGUCUUUCAGUGACAAAGGUGUAUUCCUGAAACUUGUUUUGUUAGAAAGUUAUUAAUAAGUUAUUGAUUAUGAGAUACGAAUGACAAGAGGAUUAAACAAGAAGUAAAUGCAGGGACAGAGAUAGACAGUAAUGGUGAUCGUUGUGAAGGAGAGUACAGUGACAGACAGUGUUGAUGACAGUGUCAUUAUUUCUUUUCUUUGAUGCAUCUUGAUUAUGUCUCGUCAAAAAUGGGAGUUUGAACAACAAGGUAGAAGGUAUUAGAGGACCAAACAUAGACAGCUGCAGGAAUGUAUGAUAUUUGUAUAGUGGCAAUUGUUUAUAUCAAAUCUUUUAUAGUAUUAUGUAUUAUUUUGUGUAGGAACUUUCUUUACUGUACAUAUGUGUAUAGUUUGAAAUGAAGGGGUUUGUGUGUAUUACAUGUAAACUAUCAUGCAGUAUUUAUAUAAUGCACAUAAAUUUUCCAAGUUUAGUUUAGUGGGCUUGUAUAUAAUUAAAGAUUUUGGAGUAUAUGUAUAUUUAAAAAUAAAUUACAUUACUUUC